UGAACGAAUGAAUAAAUCCAACGGUCAGGAUCGAUUUGUGAGACUCUCCGAAGCACAGUGAGACUCCCUCUUUUCUCCGAUUUCCAAUUUCCAAUCCCACACAUCCUCCAUUUCUCUCUUUUCCCCGAACACUCCCAGGCUCCCAGCCCUUCCCUUCCACAAUAUCUUGCCCUAAUUUCUCUACUUAUCCACCCUAAAACCCUAGAUUCCACUUCUUACCAGCAAUCUCUUUGAACUCGAAGCUCUCACAAAGCUUUGCACAUAAUGCCGUUCAUAUCGGACACGGCGUCCGCAAUCAAGAGCAGGUUCGGGUUCCAUGACCAUUCCGCACUGGAAUCCGUGCCGUUGGUCCGGAGCUCUCCGGCACUUCUGAAAUCUGCGUCCAAAGAGAACCUCGUGCAGUGUUCGUCGGCGGUUCGGAGUAUCGGCAACUUCGACGACGGUGACAACGGUGUAAACAGUGGCGGUGCGGAACUGUCUAUCCAGAGCUUCGAGGUCUACGAGGACCCCUCGUUCUGGAAGGAUCAAAAUGUGCAGGUUAUCAUUAGAAUCCGUCCGCUUAGUAGUACUGAAAUAUCCCUCCAAGGCUACAGCAAAUGCAUUAGGCAAGAGAGCUUUCAGACUAUUACUUGGACUGGGCAUCCUGAGUCACGCUUCACCUUUGACCUUGUUGCAGAUGAGAAUAUUAGCCAGGAGAAACUAUUCAAAGUAGCUGGAUUGCCCAUGGUGGAGAACUGUAUGGAAGGCUACAACAGUUGCAUGUUCGCAUAUGGCCAGACUGGAAGUGGGAAGACUCACACCAUGCUAGGAGACAUUGAGGGAGGCACUCGAAGACACAGUGUCAAUUGUGGGAUGACACCUAGAGUCUUCGAAAAUUUAUUCUCAAGAAUUCAAAAGGAAAAAGAGACCCGUAGAGAAGAAAAAUUAAGAUUCACUUGUAAAUGCUCAUUCUUGGAAAUAUACAAUGAACAAAUUCUUGAUCUUUUGGACCCAUCAACUAACAACUUGCAGAUAAGAGAAGACACUAAGAAAGGGGUUUAUGUAGAAAAUCUGAAGGAAGUAGAAGUUACAAGUGCUCGGGAUGUUAUUCAACAACUUAUUCAAGGGUCAGCAAACAGAAAGGUAGCUGCUACUAAUAUGAAUCGUGCUAGCAGUCGUUCCCAUAGUGUAUUUACUUGCAUAAUUGAAAGUAAGUGGGAAUCCCAAGGUGUAACUCAUCAUCGAUUUGCUCGGCUUAAUCUUGUUGAUUUAGCUGGUUCUGAAAGGCAGAAGAGUUCUGGUGCUGAGGGUGAACGUCUUAAGGAAGCUACUAAUAUCAACAAAUCCCUUUCAACAUUGGGACUUGUGAUCAUGAACCUAGUCAAUAUGUCCAAUGGGAAGUCGCUCCAUGUUCCUUACCGGGAUUCUAAGCUAACAUUUUUGCUCCAGGAUUCUCUAGGAGGAAAUUCAAAAACAACUAUAAUUGCAAAUAUUACUCCUUCUAGUUGCUGUUCAUUGGAGACACUAAGCACAUUGAAGUUUGCACAACGUGCAAAAUUUAUUAAGAACAAUGCAAUUGUCAAUGAGGAUACGUCUGGAGAUGUCAUUGCCAUGCGGAUGCAAAUUCAACAACUCAAGAAAGAAGUAUCUCGCCUACGAGGGUUAGGCGCUGAAAAUCAGGAGAAUGAUACUCUGCUGGCAAGCUUUUCUGGAUCUCCAGGAUCCUUUAAGUGGGAAGGAUUACAUGGAUUGUCUAGUCCGCUUACUUCUAGUAAAAGGAUGACUCAUAAAAAAGAUUAUGAAGUUGCCCUUGUUGGGGCUUUCAAGAGGGAAAAGGAUAAAGACAUUGCAUUACAGGCUCUGACUGCUGAAACUCAGGCAGCUGUGCAGCUGGCCAAACAAAGAGAGGAUGAGGUACAGGGCCUAAAAAUGAGGCUACGUUUUCGAGAAGCUGCAAUAAAGAGGCUAGAAGCAGUUGCCUCUGGAAAGAUCUUAGCUGAGACACAUUUACUGAAAGAAAAGGAGGAACAUUUGAAGGAAAUUGAGGUCCUUCGAGCACAAGUUGAUAGGAACCAUGAAUUGACCAGAUUUGCUAUGGAAAAUCUCCGGCUAAAGGAAGAAAUUAGAAGGUUAAAGUCAUUUUACGAGGAAGGUGAGCGGGAGAUGAUGAAUGAACAGGUCAUGGUGUUACAAAACAAGUUGCUAGAAGCACUUGACUGGAAACUUAUGAAUGAAUCAGAUCCUUCAACUGUUCAGAAAGAAAAUUCUGAUGUUGUGACGGGAGAAGUUCAGUGCGAUGAUAAUCUACUGAUUUCCAAUAAGGAGCCAGGAUCACCUUGGAAGUCUGCAAUUAAUGAGGAGAACGAAUUCCUCCGCAUGCAGGCUAUUCAAAACCAAGCUGAAAUAAACACACUAUGCAAGAAACUAGAAUUGUGCAUUGAAGAGAAAGAAGAAUUGGAAAGGCAUGUCAACGAUUUGUUAGCAAAACUCGAAGAAGAGAGAACCACAAAAGAAGGAAUACGGCAAGUUCAGUUUCCUUCUUUGUCAACUGAUGUUCCCAUUAUCAAUUUGAAUGACCAAAUGGAGCUGAAAACAUUGGUUGAUGCUAUUGCUGCUGCAAGUCAAAGAGAAGCAGAGGCUCAUGAGACAGCAAUUAUGUUAUCUAAAGAGAAUGAUGAACUGCGGAUGAAACUUAAGGUCUUGAUUGAGGAUAAUAAUAAACUCAUUGAAUUGUAUGAAAGGGCUGCUGCAGAAAGUAUCUGCGAAAGUACAAAUAAAGCUGAGAGGGCUGAAGAAGGUAGCACAGAAGUUCAGAAUAGGGAUAGUUUCAGUGAACUUGCCAAAGAAAAAGAGAUUGAGAUGAAAAGAGUGGUUGAGAACCUCGAGCAUCAGCUUAUGGAAAUUAAUGAAGAAAAUGAAAAAUUAAUGGGUUUGUAUGAAAGAGCCAUGCAGGAGAGGGAUGAACUCAAAAGAAUGAUGUCUUCUUGUGGACAGAGAAGAUUUGAAACCAGAUUAGAAAUUGAUUUCCCAGAAAAGCUUGUUGAAGUUGACAACGCAGAUCAUACCGAGUCAGUUGAACCUACUAUGUCUUUGGAGGUUAGAGAUUUAACUGCGGAGACUGCUCUCUCAGGUUUAAAGCUGCACGAAAGAAGUCAUGCAUUUGAGAAACCUACAAUAUCUGGAGUUGAAAAUGCGUUUUCUGGAUUAAAUGUGCAAGUUGGGUCCAGCCCAUGUCUUGGGAAUUCUGAAAUGAUGAUUAAAAAUCAAACUGAUUCUCAAGGAAAUGCAUAUCUCGAGGAAAAUGGCAUGCCUGGCCUGCAUCCUUUAGAUUGUCAAGCAGAUUUUUCAAAUCAGACCGAUGUUGGGAUCCUUUUUGACAUGGAAACAGACCCAUCAAACCUAAAUGAAGUAAAGCUCUCAGAAGAUCUGAAUUUGGUCAGAAUGAAGCUGUCAAGGGCAGAUGCACAGCUUUUAGAAUCUGCUAAAAGUAUUACUAAAUUUGGUUCACUUGAGAAAGCAAUCAUUGAGGUUGAUAAGCUCUCAAGAAAAAUUGAAGAAGCGGAAAAUGAGCUUAAGUACAAGAGGCAACAUUAUGAAUCCCUUAAACUUGCUACUUCAGAUGUGAAAGAAAGAAGAGCCCUUAUUGACAAGAAGUUAUCAGCUCUCAAAUACUCUUUGUUGAACUUCUCUUCAUCUGUUGUUUAUUUUGAACAACGAGAAGCUCGGGCAAGAUCAAGGGUAAUUGCUUCGACGUCUUACCUGGACCAAAAGAAAGAUGAAUUUGCCUGUCUUCAAACCCAGAAGGAUGAAAUAGAGACUGCACAGAGGAAGAUUCAACAGUCUGAAGUUGAGUUGAGGAACAACCUUGCGCACUUGAAAUCAAAACUGGAGGAGGAAAACCGGAAACAAGAGAAUGAAAAGGUUCUCUUUACCAUAGAUAAUGUUGAGAAAAUAGAUCCCUCACAGAAGCUAUGGCAUUCGGGUGGUAAAGCUACUGAAUUACUCAGGGCCGAGGAAGAGAAAACCAAGUUGCAAACUGAGAUGAAGCUGUCUCGGGAAAAACUUGGGGCCAUAAGAAGGGAAUCUGAAGAUUUGAACAGGAAGUAUGGGAAGCUAGGCACUGAGAUGCAAGCAGUUCAAGCAGAGAUACAGAAAGGUUUGAGGUCUGUGGAAGAGAUGGAACUCGCAGUUCAGGGUGUAAUCCAAGAGAAGAAGAUACUAUUGGAGAUUAGGGACACUGGAAAGACUGAAAUUGAAAGUAUGAUUAUUGAAUACCAGCAGCAUGUGUUUGAAGCAGAUUCGAAGGAGUUUGAAAUGAACAUUGAGGAGGAAGAAUUGCAGACAGAGUUGAGAACAAUAGAAGAAUUACGAACAGCCAGGUCUACAGCCACCAAGGAGAUGACCAGAUUAUUGGAAGGUACAAGGUGUCAUUCGUCGUGCUUAUCAGAAAUGAUGGAAGACGAGCUGCAAAGUAUCCGGGCAUCCGUUCUGGAGGCAAAGUCAUUGCUAGGGGAAGGCAAAUCAGGUGACAGUUAAAGUCUUUUGUUUAACUGUCAUUACGUUGAACUGAAUGAAUUCCACAGAAGCUAAAACUGUGAUUAGUGCACUUGUAAUUGACUCUCACUUUUAUUACUGUUCUUUUGAUUCUUUAAUGAAGCAGUGUUCAGUGUUUCUCCUC